AUGUACGCAAUGUUUCUCUGUGCAUUGUUACUAGCUAUUCCCCAUGGCACACUGGGCCAGGCAGACUAUCUGGCAAAUGCAGAGACGGCCGCCGCUCCUCUGCUGUUCAAGCUGUACAAUAUGAGCAGUGGCCUCUGGGACACCACCGGCUGGUGGCAAAGCUCCAAUACCAUGACCACGUUAGGAGACCUCGCUGCUAUAGACCCGAAUGCAGAAGACUCUGUCAGCGCCAUAUUUGCCAACACUCAUGUGCAGGCUCCAAAUACUCACCGGGAUUUUCUGAACGACUUCUACGACGAUGAGGGUUGGUGGGCGCUAGGCUGGAUCAAUGCACACGACAUCACUCAGGAACCAGAGUACCUCCAAACCGCGGUCGACAUCUUUGAGGACAUGACUGGCGGAUGGGGCACUCCUUGUGGUGGCAUCUGGUGGGACAAGGCCCAUACUCAGGUCGUCGCUAUCGCCAAUGAGCUCUUCUUCAGCGUGGCUGCCUCCCUAGCCAAUCGCAAGCCGGAUGAGCGUGACUACUAUCUCGACUGGGCGCAGAGGUCACGCGACUGGUUCGAGAAGAGCGGCUUGGUCAAUGCGCAGGGUGUGGUCAACGAUGACCUUGCCUUGGCCACAUGCAAGAACCCCGGGGAUACUGUUUGGUCCUACAACCAGGGCGUCAUUCUGGGUGCAUACGUCGAGCUCGCUAAAGCCGAUGCCAAUGAGGCUCAUCUCACAGCCGCCUCUUCUAUUGCCACCGCCACUAUCGCCAACCUCACCGACGCUAACCAAAUCCUUCAUGACGUCUGUGAACCAAAUUGCGACGUCACCGCCGCCCAGUUCAAAGGCGUCUUCAUGCGCAACCUCCGAAUCUUGCACAACGCUGCCCCCCGAGCCGAGUUCGCCACCUUCAUCAACAAGAACGCGGACAGUAUCUGGGCCAACAACCGCAUCACCUCUGGCUCCGACACCCUGUUGGGUCAUGUCUGGUCCGGUCCGUUCAUCCCACCAGCCAACGCGACGACGCAGAGUUCCGCUCUCGACGCCCUGGUGGCUGCAGCAUCAAUUGCACAAUGA